UAGGCGGCCACCACUCUGUCACCAACCCCACGACCUCACCACCGCCGCCGCCGUUGUCUUCCCCACCAUGGUCUCCUGGACUAGCUUGGCGCUGUUGUCCGCAUUAGCGGUUAGCGCGCUGAGUUUGCCUCGGCCCGACGAAAGUGCCUACAAAAUUCCACAAGUAGGCACCGGAAGACGCUCCCAGUACUACGUGCUUCAUGACGACGGAACUUAUAAGUAUGGCUUCGACACCGGUGAAGGGGCCUUUGAAAGUGCUAAGCUCAAGUAUGCCGGCCGCUUGGAUGGAGAGUUCGGUUAUAGGGAUCCUGAUGGCAAUAAUAUCCGUGUCCAGUACGAAGCUGGUGAAGGCGGCUUCAACCCCAGGGGUGACCAUCUGCCUGCCACGCACCCUGACUUUGAUGCAGCCCAUGCAGCUGCUCGCUCUCGUCCUCCCUUUGUAGAUUCUCUCGCGAAUACAAACACCGACGCUUCCUAUGGCUUCCAGUUCUCAGAAGAUGGACUUUCACGCAGUGAGCAGAGUGACUCGGAUGGCAAUGUGCGUGGCUCAUACACCUAUACAGAUGAAGAAGGUCGCACACGAUCCUACUCGUAUACUGCCGGUCGUGGUAUUGGUUUUGUCGUUGAGGGCGACGAUCUCCCACAAGCAGCCGAUGCUCCUGGAUCCACUCCAGCUGCAACACGACUUUCUUCUGGUGCUGGUAGAUUCUCCUCACAAAGUUAUGGCACUGCCGGGAUAGCGGCUGUCAGAACUACACCUACCUUUGGAGUACCCACCGUAAGAGCACGUCCUGCUACAAGCUCCGUCAGUUCCACUUCUAGAUUCGGUUCAGGAAGUAUUGGAUCACACACUUCUUCUAUCCUUCGCACACCCACGUCCUCCUUCACAGCUGCUACCCCUCGUCGCACUGGCUUUACAAGAACACCAACUCAGUAUAGCUCCCCGUCUUCACGUCCCUCAGCACGGCCAUACACCGGUCAAUUCGAACCUGCCAAUACUCGCAGUCAAGUGUCGCCUGACGGGGGUUACGCCUUUGCCUACGAGACGUCCAGUCACUCUCAAGCAGAAUCAGGUGACAGAGACAACAACGUGGCAGGAAAUUUUGAAUUUGUUGCCGAAGAUGACGGACAGCGACGAGCUAUUAAAUAUGAAGCGGGAUCCCGUACAGGAUUUAUAGCAGAAGGUCCUCACAUUCCUGUAGGACCCGAGGUUCCAGGAGCACCCUCCGGUCAACCUACAGGUAGAAUCGUCCCUGUUCAAGAGGUCCCCUUCGUCGACCCUCUAGCUGACUCCAUCGCUGAUGCCUCCUAUAACUUCGCCUUUGACUCGGAGCAAUAUUCACGCUCAGAGAGCGCAGACGCCGACGGCAACGUCCGUGGCACUUACACAGUGGUGGACGAUGACGGCACUCGACGCACUUACCAAUUCCAAGCAGGUGAGGGCAUCGGCUUUGAAACUGAGGAAGUGUCAACUUCACGUGGUCCUCCUCCAUCUCGGCCUACUUCAGCUUCCAUUGGUUCAACCUCAUUCACUAGCGCAGGAUCAGCAGCUUCUACUACUCAGGGCACAGCUUCUCUUGGUUUUCAAACUUACUCUGGUACAUCAGUAAGACGACCCAGUUCUCAGUCGUCAACACUACACCGACCAUCCGUUUCAUCUACAGUUAAACCAUCUUCCUCCUUCUCAUCUCCUCCAGCAACUGGAGCACGAGUAAGGAGCACCUUUACACCUACCUCGACACGUGAAGUGUUCCCGGGCUUCCAGCUGCGUCAGUAUGGUGUUUCAGAUAACCCUGAGAAGUUUGGUUAUGUCUUGACUUUUGAUAAAUAAAGCAAACUUUGAAGAUGCCGAGAUGUCUACCGUAGUACUGUUAUCUAGUAUUUGCAAGAACAGACGCACUCACACCCACGCAUCUACACUUAUAAAAGUACAUUUAUACAUAUGUAUACUUGAACAUGACAGCUACCGGCCUCAAGACUCAUACAAGCUACGGUGACGGGAACACGCAGAUCUGCUGGUCACUCCCCACAUGUAACAUUAUCCACAACGACAUCAUCGAUUAUACACUAAGCUUGUACCUAUUAUGUUAAGUCAAAAACCAUACCAAAAUGUUGCAAAGACACUAACAUUCUUGUUUAGUUUUUGUUAAUCUACAAUAGCAAUAAAGUAUUGAAGCUGA